AUGAGCAUUAAGUUACAAUCCAUGAAAUAUCCUAUGGAGUUAUCCCAUGAUAUAUUCCCUAGAGUUCAACCUCACUUCCAUCAAUGGAUGAAGUUAUAUGGAAAGAAUUUUCUUACUUGGGCGGGGCCUCAACCUCAUAUGGUGAUUACUGAACCCGAGUUAGCUAAAGAAAUACUAAACAAUAAAGAAGGAAUGUACCCCAAAAUGAAAAUAAGAGGCAUUGUGAAAAAGUUUCUGGGAGAUGGGCUUGUUGUAGCAGAAGGGGAGAAAUGGUUCAAAGUACGAAAACUGGCUAACCAUGCUUUCUAUGCGGAGAACUUGAAGGAUAUGGUUCCUGCAAUGAUUGCAAGUGUUGAAACUAUGCUUGGAAAAUGGAGAGAUUACGAAGGCAAAGAAAUCGAUGUAUGCAAAGAAUUCGUGGUUUUGGGUUCAGAAGUGAUUUCCAGGACAGCUUUUGGAAGCAGUUAUUUGGAAGGGAAGAAUAUAUUUGAAAAGUUGACACGAUUGGGCUUCAUCGUUGCCAAAAGUGCAGAACAGUUUCGGUUUCCAGGCAUUGAGAAAAUAUUUAAGACUGAGUAUGACAUUGAAUCGGACAAAAUCGAGCAGUCUCUUCGGGACUCAAUCAUGUUAAUAAUAAAGAAAAGAGAAGAAAAAGUAAUGACAGGAGAAGCAGAUACUUUUGGAAGUGAUUUUCUUGGAUCACUGUUAAAAGUUCACCAUGAUUCUGAUAAGAGAAAUAGAAUAUCAGUAGAUGAUGUAAUUGAUGAAUGCAAGAAUGAAGAUUGUAACAAUGAUCAUCAACGAAGCCCUGAGACUGUACAGCCCGGCAGCAAGUCUAGUAAGAAGAGUGAAAAGAAAAGUUCGCCUGGGGAAGAUUCAGGAUUUGAUCAAGUCCCAAAGAGCUGCCCACCUAUCCAACACGCUUUCUAUGUGAAGUAA